AUGGACGCCGCUUUCUUCAUGAAAGAUCUGGACCUGAGUGACAACGACCUGCAGGAUUCAGGAGUGAAGUUACUUUCUGCUGGACUGAAGAGUAAACACUGUGAACUGGAAACUCUCAGUCUGUCAGGUUGUCUGGUCACAGAAGAAAGUUGUGCUUCUCUGGUCUCAGCUCUAAGCUUCAAUCCAUCCCAUCUGAGAGAGCUGGACCUGAGCUACAACCAUCCAGGAGACUCAGGAGUGAAGCUGCUUUCUGCUGCAGUGGAAGAUCCACACUGGAGACUGGACACUCUCAGGGUGGAACAUUGUGGAGAGCAGAGAUUAAAACCUGGUCUGAGGAAGUAUUUCUGUGAACUUGAACUGGACACAAACACAAUAAACAGAAACCUCCGACUGUCUGACAACAACAGGAAGGUGACAACGGUGAGAGAGAAGCAGCCAUACCCUGAUCAUCCAGACAGAUUUGAAUACUGGCAGCUGCUGUGUAGAAAUGGUCUGACUGGUCGCUGUUACUGGGAGGUCGAGUGGAGAGACGAGGUUUAUAUAUCAGUGAGUUACAGAGGAAUCAGAAGGAGAGGACUCAGUGAUGAGUGCUGGUUUGGAGGAAACGAUCAGUCCUGGAGUCUGAGCUGUUGUGAUGAUGAUGGUUUCUCUGUUUGGCACAACAACAUUGAAACAGACAUCCCCUCGACCUCCUCCAUCUCUAACAGAGUAGGGGUGCAUCUGGACCAUCCUGCUGGCAUUCUGUCCUUCUAUAGCAUCUCCUCUGACUCUCUGAUCCACCUCCACACCUUCAACACCACAUUCACUGAACCCCUACAUGUGGGAGACUGUUUGGAAGUGACAGCAGCUUCAACUUUGCUGUUUAAAUAUUGA